AUGCUACUGUUAAUUUGUUUUAGAGUGCUCAGUCUGCAUUGGUUAAGAACGUUGCCAUAUUCCAAGGAGAUUCCAGAUUCUUACGAGAGACUGUUACUUGAUGCAAUUGAAGGAGAACGACAGUUAUUCACCAGGAGUGAUGAAUUGGAUGCUGCAUGGGCCCUCUUCACACCUCUACUGAAAGAGCUAGAGGAGAAGAAGAUAGUCCCCGAGUUUGGUAGAGGCAAAAAAUCAAACCAACCUUUACUGGAAGAUCUGAGAACUCCCACACCUCGAGGCAAAGUAUAUUGUGGUGUCGAUGGUGUUAAUAGAGAUAAUGUUGAUAACGUGAUCCAACAAGUUAAUGAAGAGAUCGUGGAAGAGAUGGGCAGUCAAGAACAUCGUCAAGGUGGACAAGGUGGACAAGGUGAUCCAACUGAAGAACGAGGAAAUGAGGGUGACAAUGAUGAUGGUGCAAAAGAUGAGGAAGAUGGAGAUAAGAAUGCAGAUAAGGAUGAUGAUGAAUUAGAGAAGGACUUGGAGGAAGAGGAUGACGAAUAA